AUGGCGUUAAUCCUCCGUCGAAUAUUUAAUAAUUUGAGUAAAUUUCUGCCACAGUUUGAGCCUGGAUUUGAAAGAGGUGCGAAACAAGUCUUUACAGAAAAUAUCAACAACGCCACCCUAACAACAAGAAUCGUCUCAAAAGAUAAUCAAAUUGUGGUCAAGAAUUCUAACUACAGUAAACUUGAAAAUGGCUCUGUUAGUAGAUUAAGAAUAGUUGCACGUGGUCUUAUAGGCAAAAGCUAUAUUUCGAACAAUCUACAUUUGAUUAAAAAAAUUGCCUCCGCAACCAGGUUAGUUUUUACAAGGCGCUUUCCACUAUCAACACCAAUCUUUGCUCUCUUAGGCUUUACAGUAGCAGGACCUAGAUAUAAUGAACAACAAAUGGAACAGCAGAAGCUGGUUGUUUCACUACAAUCUCUGCUGAAAAUAUGCCAUAACAAAUUGGAAAAAGAUAACGCUGCUAGCGAAAUCAGUUGCAGUUGUGAUACUACUAAUAGUUAUAAAGUCGGCCCUAGAUUGGGCAGCAGAUCAUGCUGUAGCGCAGUGUAUGCUACCAAAUGUUCAUGUGGCAAAGAGUAUGCAAUGAAAAUGAUGUUUAAUUACGGGAAUUCAAAGGAUGAUUUUAUUCGCAAGAAUUUUUUGCGCGAGUAUUGUCUCCUUUCGCCUUUACCGGUUACUCGUGUUGACGAGAUGGAAUCAUCGAAAAAUAGUCAAUCGCGAAUUCUUGUCCAUCCUAAUAUUAUUCGCUUAGAUAAAGUAAUUAUUGAUGAAAUACAAUACUGCGAUGAUGCCAUGCAUGAAUACCCAGAUGCUUUGCCACCGUCUCCGUUAAAUCCUUCUGGAUUAGGCCGCCAUAGGACAAUGUUCUUAUUUAUGAAAAAGUACGAUAUGACGUUAAGAGAAUAUGUUCACAGUAAAGGGAUUAUUCCAAACGACGAAGCUACUAUGUUACUUCUUCAAUUGUUACAAGGUGUUGAUUAUCUAAACAAGAAUUAUAUUGCUCACCGUGAUUUAAAGUCAGACAAUAUACUGAUCGAAGAAGUAGAUCCAUAUCCGCUUCUUGCUAUCACAGAUUUUGGGGAAUGUCUUGAUGAUGCAGCACUCAAACUUGUAGUUCCUUACAUUUCUAACUGCAUAGAUCGCGGUGGCAACUCAUCGCUUAUGGCACCUGAAAUUAAGAAUGCUGAACCUGGUCACAAUUCAGUCCUAGAUUAUCGAAGAUCAGACGUUUGGGCAAUUGGAUGCUUGGCUUUCGAGAUAUUUGGUCAGGAGAACCCCUUUCUGAAUACCUUCGAUAGUUCUAGCUAUCAAGAAUAUGAACUCCCAGAAUUGCCAAGUCGAGUACCUUUGAUCGUUCGUAAAAUCGUACGCAACUUAUUAAGAAAAGAUUCAAGUAACAGAUUGCCAGCAAGCUUAGCAAUUGCUGCUCUUUCUUUUUGGCGGUGGGGACCGAUAAAUUGGCGCGCUCUUAUGAUGUAUGAAACGGGUUUAUCAAACCUAAAUGAAGAGGAUAUUCAACGCUGGCUCAGCGAAACGGCAUUUCAGUUAUCGAUCCAAAUCAUGCAAUGUCAAGCUCAUGGACAUAAGCUUACACCUGAAUUACAGGCGAAAUAUCAUUUCUUGGUUUCUACUUCCGCUGCUGAUAUCAAGCUUGCCGUAGAAAGUCUGUAUUGUUAA